AUGCCCCUCGAAGUCAUCCCACCCCAGGCCGACGAAAAAGGCACAUCCACAGCAACACCUCCAAACAAAACAACCGCAAGAUCUGACAUUAGAAGCAUCCAAGACCUCGACAGCUUAACCGCCCUAGGCUACACCCCGGAACUGCGACGGAACCGUUCCCUCUUCACCCUACUAUUCCAAACGCUCGCCAUCGCGGCUAUUCCCUAUGGCGAGGGCAGUCCGCUCCUCGUAGCCAUUUAUGGCGGCGGCCAACUAUCUAUCUUUGUGGGAUGGCUGGUUGUUCUUGUGCUCGAUGAAUGUGUCGCUCUCUCGUUGGGCGAGCUAGCGUCGAGAUAUCCGACGUCUGCUGGGCCAUACUAUUGGUCUUUCCAGAUCGCCAAGAGACACAAGACGGAAUUAUCUUUUAUCACGGGGUGGAUAUGGCUUAUAGGGAAUUGGACCAUCACCCUAUCCGUGAACUUCGGCUUCGCCUCGUUGAUAUCCGCCACGAUUACCAUGUUCCAUGAAGAUUUCACUGCCACGCCCUGGCAACUCCUCCUGAUCUUCUACGCAAUAUGUCUCAUCACACUCUUCAUCUGCACCUUUGGGAACCGCCUCCUCCCUAUGGUCGACACCAUCUGCGCCGGCUGGACAGCCAUUAGCAUCCUCAUCAUCCUCGUUGCCCUAUCCGUCAAGGCAGACGUCGGCCGCCACAGCGCAGCCUACACCUUGGGACACUACGACACCAGCCUCUCCGGCUGGGGCGGCUUCACCUUCUUCAUCGGCUUGUUACCAGCAGCCUACACAUUCUCGGCCAUCGGCAUGAUCUCCUCCAUGGCCGAAGAAGUAUCCGACCCAGCCCUCAAAGUCCCGCUCGCAAUGUCCCUCUGCAUCCCAACCGGCGGCCUCGCAGGCCUCUUCUUCAUCAUCCCCAUAUGCGCCACGCUGCCACCGCUGGAAGCCAUCGUGUCAGCGCCCUCGGGACAAGCCCUCCCAUAUAUAUUCCACGCCGUGAUGGGCAGCCGCGGCGGCGGUCUCGGACUCACGCUUCUAGUCCUGGGUGUCACCAUGUUCUGCAGCAUCAGCAUCACGGUGGCCGCGUCACGCUGCACCUGGGCAUUCGCGCGCGACGACGCCAUUCCCGGCGCAGCGCUCUUCUCCACGGUAAACGAAACGCUCAAUGCCCCGGUAUACGCCCUGCUGCUCGUCACAGCCGUGCAAAUGGCACUCGGGCUCAUCAACCUCGGGAGCAGCAGCGCCUUCACGGCGUUCAUCUCGGUGGGCGUCAUCGCCCUAGCGGUCUCAUACGCGAUCCCCAUCGCCAUAUCCCUCCUCUGGGACAGACGAAGGGAGGUGAGCCAAGCACGCUGGAAUUGCGGAUCGCUCGUUGGAACGUUGGUUAACGUGUCUACCGCGGCCCACCAGCCUCCGACGGUCUCUCAUAAGCGCACAGAAAACAGACCCCCUCGCAUAUCUGAUCUCCUGCUCAGAAAAUCCUCAUACCCAGGGGAUCACUUUAUAUAG